AUGCAGGGCCGACGGCCCGGCUACGUCGUAUUGGGUACAUACGACAUCGGCACCACCGACUACUCUCAGGAGAAUCCGCAGAGCUUGGCUCAAAACAACCCCAUGCGGCCCCCAAUUGACGAUAACCAAUACGGAACCCUUCACGGCGGCACAGGAGCCACCGGUGGUAGGAGUGUAUAUCCUGCGAUGUACAUGAACUUUAAUGAUGGGUCUUAUGCGCCCAUGCCGGCGGCUGGAGAAGAGUCACCGACUCAGGCUGAACGGGACGCCAUCAUGUCGAUGAAUCCUGGUCAAGGGGGUGGUGGCUAUCAGAAUAAGUCCCAUGAAGUAUCUAGCAGGAGCCAUGAGUACCAAUACCCACCCCCGCCAGAGUGA